AUGAAGGACUGGAGCAAGCAAACCGUCGUCCAACUCAAGGCUGAGUUGAAGCGGCGAGGGCUUGCCAUAGCCGGCCUUAAGCAGGACCUCGUCUCGCGACUCACCGAAGACGAUGCCAGCAAUGCAGCCGCCGAGAACGAGGCGGAGGCCUCCGAACCCGAGCCCACUGAGACUUCCGAACCUCAGGCUAUAGAAGCUGAGGAGCCGUCUGCGGACUCUGCUUCUGUCGACGAAGCCCCCAAGGAAUCGGCGCAUGCCGAACCUGAUGCUGCGCCUGCCGAACCCGAAACCGCGCCCGCGCCCGAGUCUGCCUCCCCAAUUUCAAAGACCAACAGCGACGCCCCGGCGGUAGCCACCGAGAGUGACGAUAAACAAGAUGCCCCGGCUGCACUUCAAGAAGGCGUGCCUUCGGCCGAAAUAACCCCUCCUGCGCCUGCCGAGAUAGCUCAGGAUGCUCAAAAGCGAAAGCGCCGUUCAGAGAGCCCUGCCGAGCCCCUGGAGGACGCCUCCCGCAAACGCCUCAAGGCGCAAGAGGACGACGAAGUGCAAUCUUCAGAGCCUUCUGGCGUGACUGGGGUCAUCAGCAACAUCAAGGACGCGUUGGUGGAGAACACCAGUCUUGCCGAAGAUAUCGCCAAUGAUGCAAAGGCCGUUUCCGAGAAUGUACCCCAGCCUGAAGACGAGCCCAUGGAACAGGACGAACCCGAGACUAAGGGAGAUGUUGAAGACGUCGCAAUGACAACAAACGAUGAGGCGCAGAAUGAACCCGCGACUACGGCUGCCGAUGAUUCUGUCCCGGCUCCCGAAUCAGCAGACAUCGCAAACCAACCCAAGGACGCGAAUGAUACACAGUCCCCUAUCGGGCAGGGAGCAGGCAAUGCUAUGGAGUAUGAGCGCGACGUGCAGCCAUCCGUCCACCCUGCAACCAGAGCUCUUUACAUCAAGAACUUCAUGAGGCCUCUUCGCGAGAACGUGGUUCAGGCUCAUCUGCUUGAGCUUGCGACUCCGGCCGGCACCGAUCCCAACGAAGGCGAUAUCGAGGAGUUCUUCGUCGACCAGAUUAGGACUCACGCUUUUGCGGUCUUCAAAACCACAUCUCAGGCUUCUCGCGUCCGCAACGCCUUACAUGACGUCAUCUGGCCCGAUGAGCGUGAGCGCAAGCCACUUUGGGUGGACUUUGUUCCUCCCGAGAAGGUUCGUGAGUGGAUUGACGAGGAAGAGACUCAGGGACAGAGCCGGAGAGGAGCUCGCUGGGAGGUCAUUUUCGAUCGUGAGGACGAUGGGUUCGUUGUUGCCCGCCUGGAUUCGGGCACCGCGCCUCCGCCCGCGCUAGCCGCCCCCGAACUUACCAGACCUAUCCCUUCGGGGCCCGCUGUUAAGGACGUGAACGCGAUUCCUUUGGGACCCCGGGCCAGAGGCACAGAGGGAGCGCCCCUUGGACCCAGAGGAGACCGGGACCCGCCCCGCGGCCCUGGAGGCAGAGGCUCUCGUCAGAUCCAAAACUUCCCAGGAGGCCCUGUCCAAACGACGCGCAAGAACCCCCCGAUCACAUUCCAGCCCGUCUCCGACGAUCUGGCCAGCAGACGAAUCCGCAACAUGCGUUCAUUCUACACCCAAGACCUUAAGCGCGACAUGGGCCCCGAGACCGAGAUCAACCGCUACACUUUCGAGCAAGGCGAUAGUUUCGUCGACCGCGGCCAAGAAGUCUUUGUCGGCAUUCGCCCACCGCACAGAGAGAGAGAUGCGCAACGCAGACGGGGCUUCGACAGCGGACCCCACCGCGGAUCAGGCCCUCGCCGCAAUCGAAGAAACGGCGGCGGCGGCGGCGGCGGCGGUGGCAAUGGUCGUCGCAACCCUCGUCCCCUAAGCGAUAGGUACCUCCCGGGUAUCAAUGAGGGCGGCCCUUACAGGCAAGGCGACCGUGGAACCUUCGGCUCGCGCAGCGACGAUCGUGAGAGACGAUACUAA